GCAAACCAGUUGACUUCCUGCUCGUGUCAUCAUCACCUGCACUCUCCACCAAGAGAAGUGCCCCUUUUUCUCUCUCCAGAACACUCCACGCUCUUCUCUCAUCUUUCAACUCUUUCUCUUAUUUCCUUUCCAUAGCAACCCACCUAAUCAACCGCUAUCCUUCCCCUGUACUCCUACAGGCAGAAUACCUGGCCCUCCUGCACGCAUCCGACACAUCGUGUCUGUCAACACGUUCCAAUCUCCCAACCCAGCCAACCAUCAACCAUCUCUUCUCUUGUGAAUCUCGAGGCUUCUCUUCCGGUAUCAAACAUGGCUGCUACUCCCAUCGCCGAGUCUCCUGCCCAGUUCGAUCGCGACCUCCGCAGCGCCAACCAGGAGUGGAAACGCGACAAGGACGCCGAUGUCAAGUGGUCGUACGGCACGAAAAGGGACUUCCUGUGGUAUCCACCACUGUCGUCUGAUGCGGACAUGGACCCAAGUUUCAAGCGUCGGCCUCUUGGGAAGCCCAGCGAUAACCUGGCUCCGUUCACCAAACCCAAGGGAAACAUCAACAAGUACGCUCGUACAACCGGCCGGAUAAGAGAGUGUGGGAACAAGCACAUCCGCUCCAAGGUGUCUGCUCGAGAGGAGAUAGAGGAGGCGGCCAGCGCGUCUCGUUCCGUCCUCGACUAUCUGCCCGCCAGCCCGCAACACCAGAGGCCAAACCCCAUGGACCACGUACUGUACAGCUUCGACCGAACUGACUCGCCCGGCCGGCCACUGACGCUGGAGAUAUUCGUCAAGACGACAGGCCGCGAGACCGAGAAGUUCGUGGAGAAGGAGUACGAGGUCAUCGAUACCAACGGUGAUGCCCUCAGAGGCCGCAAGGCACGUCGCAACCUGCGUCAGGGCACGGCGGCGGAUGCGAAGUUGGCGGGCGAGGAGGUGGAGAUCGACGAGGACGGUUUCGAGCUGGUCUGAGUUGCCGGGUGGCAGACGAUCGAGAUGGACGCGACUAAGCGACAAAUACUGUCUCCAUGCGAGGUGGGCAUGUGCUUGGUGUGGCUUGAUCCGUUCGUUUGUACUGUUUGUUCUUCUUGAAUACCUUUCGCUUCUCCUUGCUCUUUCUACUCUUCGCUCUCAUCUGCCUCCUUCGCGUGUUAUCAUCACCUUGCCACAUUUUAAUACGUCUUCCAUGUUUCUCGUUUCUGUACCUUUGAGUAUUCGGUCGACAGGAGUUUGGGUUAGGAAGGAUGGGUCGGAAGCAUUUGUCCUGUCGCAGAAGUCCAGAGACACCGGUGUUUGGGUGAUGGGAGACGAUUGCAUGUUGAAGAGACGGUCGAGAGAUUUGCUCAGCCUUUGAUGAUGCUGACUUGCAUGCAUGAUCCACUCACCUAGUGAGGAGCGUUUGAGUUGUUUGGGGCGGUCCUUUUCAUCAGUAUGGAGGCAUGCACGAUUACCUUUCUUACCACUGCGACAGCACUCUCGAUUGUUGCGUGGCCAACCUUUUCAAGUACUUAUGUAGACCUAGUUGAGAUCGGAACAUGAUUAGAUAGCACAUAUAGUCAGCGGCUCAGUACAAUCAAAGAGCAUCAUCGCUGGUUGUC